GGAGUCAGUCCAAAUGGCAAUUUCAUACAUCCAGGUUCCUUGCAUUCUCGGUGCACUAUCUCUUCUUAUAUACAAAUACAUUAUAUACCCUGCGUUCCUGUCUCCUUUAGCACGAAUUCCCAGUGCGCACUUCACGGCUCCCAUCUCAUCGGCAUGGAUUACUUGGCGACGCUUCAUAGCAACGAACAAUCGAACCAUACAAGCGGCACACGAGAGACUGGGUCCAGUCGUAAGAUUGGGUCCUGCUGAAAUCUCUAUCAAUUGUGUAGAUGGCGGUAUCAAGGUUGUUUAUGGCGGUGGUUUUGAGAAGCAUGAGUGGUAUCCGAGAGUAUUUGGUUCGCUAGGAACAGUCAGUAUGUUUACUAUGACUGGCAGCAAAGAACACGCCACUCGGAAACGAAUGUUGUCAAACAUUUAUUCCAAGUCGUAUCUACAGUCGUCACCUACAUUGAAACUCAUAUCCACCACAAUGAUAUACGACCGGUUGCUACCGAUUCUAGAAACCGCCGCAUCCGCGAAACAAGCAGUUGACAUUCACGAACUCAAUUCAGCAAUGACCAUGGACUUUGUCUCAGCUUAUUUGUACGGACUUCAAAAUGCGAGCAAUCUACUUCAAGACGUCCCUUUCCGGAAAUAUCUCCUACAUCAUUACCAAUGCAGGAAACCUUUCGAGUUCUACUACCAGGAGGUACCGAGCCUUGUGACUUUUAGUCAAGCCAUUGGACUACCUAUCAUCCCACAAUGGUGUCGUGAUGCCACCCAGAUAAUGGAUGACUGGAACAUGGAUCUGUGCGACAAGGCGGAGAAGUCACUUGCUUCUAGCGAUCCGCGGAUCGAGCCCACAGUUUACAAACAAUUGAAGAUAUCUAUGAUGAAGCAAAUGAAUCUUGGAAAGGAAGACAUGGCAGCGAAUUCAGAGAAACCCAAGCAACAAAAGAUAGAUAUUGCUUGUGAGACUUAUGACCAACUCACCGCAGGGCAUGAAACCAGCGCUGUAGGGCUUACCUACCUGUAUUGGGAGCUCUCAAAGAACCCCCAUAUCCAGGAAGAGUUACGCAAGGAGCUACACACGCUCUCGACUCGGAUCGAUGGAGCUCCCGUAUCUGAAGCUGCGAAGCAGCUCCCAAGAGCCAAGGAGAUCGACGCCUUACCCCUUCUACAUGCAGUUAUAAUGGAGACCCUUCGACUACAUGCGCCUAUUCCGGGUAUACAGCCCCGUGUAACACCGGCGCCAUCCUCAACCCUGGCCGGAAUCCACGACAUACCACCGAAUGUAAGGGUCAAUGCACAAGCAUAUUCCCUUCAUCGCAAUCCAGAGGUGUUUCCCGAUCCUGAAUCAUGGCAACCACGCCGAUGGCUCAAAGAGUAUAAUUCCCCGGAGAUGGAGGAGAUGAGAAGAUGGUUUUGGGCCUUUGGGAGCGGAGGAAGAAUGUGUGUUGGUAGCAAUUUUGCUAUUCAAGAGAUGAAACUCGUAACGACGGCGAUAUACAGCAACUAUAAAACCACCAUCGUGGACGACGAAGGCAUUGAAGCUAUCGAUGCGUAUACCGUUAAACCGACAAGUGACAAAUUAAUCUUGGAGUUUGAGCGGGUUUGAAGUAGAUUCUAUAUAUCAGUCAACCUUUGAAGAUAACUGCGACGUGUUAGUGUCUUGAGCAUUGGGAAUGACUUCAUGUUUUCCGUCAUACCCCUGCUCUCUCGAUGCAUGGUCUCCUCAAGAAUAGCUGCCAAUGCAAUUCGCCUCUUGAGUAUCACGGAACUGUCCCAGGUGGGUAUUUCUAUAACGCAUAAGCUAGGGUUUGCAGUCCUCGUUAUAAAUCCAAUUCAUCUAGGACAGGGUACUCAUU